GCAAUCAAAGCAUUGUUCUUAGUCUGCUGUGAAGGUCUAGUAAGUAAAUCAUUUUCUUGGAUAGAUGUUGAAUUAUAUGAAGUACAUUGGAAUAACUUCAUGGUCUUAGCUUUGAAAAUUUCGAAGAAAAUAGUAUCAUAUUAUGUAUAUAGUUACUGACACUUAUAUGCUUAGAAUGUUACGACAUUCUUUUCUUUUUUUGUUGGAAUGUGCUUGAAAUAAAUCUAAUAUCGAUGAAAUAUUUGUUUCGAAAAUCAGAUCUAUGGCGUUUUUGAGUUGGACUGAGAUCGUUGCACGGAGCAUUACCAAGUGAACUUUGAUCUUGAUUACAUUUUAAAUGGAAAAGAAAAUGGCAUACUGAACUGUUUGAUGUCAAGGCUAUUAAAAGUUCAUUAAUUUUAAACUGUGUAACUAAUUUGCAAAUCGUUUUCAUUUUCAAUUGAUUUGGAUAUUAGUAUUAAGUUGAAAUGAUACACUGAUUAAUUAAGUUUUAGGGUAUCAUUUUUUCUUUAACGAUUUAUCGCUUAAAAUAUUCAUGGUGGAAAAAAGUGAGCUUGAAGACGAUGAGAGAACUCCUUAUUCGAAAUCUUGGUGGCCUCGUAUCAUUGCAAUGUUUGGUUCAAUUGCUCUUGUUGCUAUCGUUUUUACAGUUGUAGCGAUUUUUAGUAACUCUGCCGUUCCUGAUGAUUUGCCAAAUAUAGUAUUCAUUUUAGUAGAUGAUUUGGGUUGGAAUGAUGUUAGUUUUCAUGGAUCACCUCAGAUACCAACGCCAAAUAUUGAUGCUUUAGCUGCCACUGGUGUUGUUCUUAAUAAUUAUUAUACUCAUUCGCAAUGUACUCCAUCACGAGGUGCUUUGAUGUCAGGAAGAUAUGCUAACCGACUAGGUUUACAGCAUGGGAAUAUAAAGCCAGCUGAAGCCUCUGGUUUGCCUUUAGAUAUAAUGACAUUAGCUGACUACAUGAAGAAGAGAAAUUAUAAAACUCAUUUGGUUGGAAAAUGGCAUUUAGGAUAUCACAAGAAAAGUUAUUUUCCUACCAGGAGGGGCUUUGAUACAUUUUUUGGAUUUUUAAACGAUAAUAUUGAUUACUAUGACUACACUUGCUAUUAUCAAGAUGUAUCCGGAGGAGCAAAGGUAAAAUAUCUUUCUUUCUUACAGCCUACCGAAAUAUUUGGAGUAGAUUUGUGGGAAAACGAAAAAAUUAUUACUGAUUUUAGAGGCGAAUAUGCAACAGAUGUAUUUACGAAUAAAGCAGUUUCAUUAAUAAUGGAUCAUGAUGAAUUACAGCCUCUGUUUCUAUUAAUUUCUCAUAGUGCUGUUCGUGCAGGCAAUUCAUUUAUACCUCUUCAGUCUCCACCUGAUUUGUAUGAGAGAAACAACCAUAUCAAAGAUGAGAAUAGGAGAUCAUAUGCAGGUAUGAUCACAUCUUUAGAUGAAUCAGUGGGACAGGUGUUUAAUGCAUUAUAUAAAAAAGAUAUGCUGACAAAUUCAAUAAUCAUCCUUAGUUCGGACAAUGGUGGUGAUCCUAGUAUGGGAUCAGCCUCUAAUUGGCCACUUAGGGGAUCACAGUAUACAUUAUGGGAAGGAGGAGUGCGAUCUGUUGGUCUCAUAUGGAGUACGUUGUUAGAACUAGAAAAACCUAAAGUUUCAGAUCAUUUGAUGCACAUUUCCGAUUGGCUACCAACACUUUAUUAUCUUGCUGGUGGGGACGUAUCAGACAUUGAAGAUAUCGAUGGUGUAAAUAUGUGGUCAGCACUUUCCCAUGGUGAUAAAUAUUCUCCCCGACAAGAGGUUCUUUUAAAUAUCGAUCCCAUAGCUGGUUAUUCAAGUUUAAGAAAAAGAGAUUGGAAACUACAUUUUAGUGUCUCACUUCCAGAUGGCAGUGAUUGGUAUGGUCCAUCUGGAUUAGAAGAUAAUAAUAAUAUUACAGAUUCAAUUGAUGACUGGGUGUGGAAGAAUGGAAGUAUAAUUAAGGAUAUUUUAGUUGAUUUAGAACAGUGGCUAAUAACUGAGAAUGAUACUUGGCGACAAGAUUCAAGUAUAGUCUGUGGGGAGAAUUUUUUGCCUGUUUCGGGAAAGUGUGACUUUACAAGUGGACCUUGUUUGUAUAAUAUAACAGAUGAUCCUUGUGAAUAUAGAAACAUAGCACACUUAUAUCCCGAAAUAGUGGAAGAAUUGAUUGUUCGUAUAGAAGAAUUAAAUACUACAUCACUGCCAAUUCAGUCAAAAGAUAUUGAUCCAAUGGGAGAUCCAAUGUGCCACAAUUUUGUUCAUGUACCCUGGAUGGAUGAUGAUGAAGAAAAUAACUGCCUUAUAUUUUAACAAACAUUGUAUCGAAACAAAUUCUAUUUACAUUUUUUGUUGAUUUUUCUAUAAAGUUCAAAUUUAUCUGUAUUUCCGUUCUUUAAAGAUUAUUCACUCUUGUUUGAUGCUAACGAAUUUCUUAAUGCAAAGAAUGGUGAAAUAGGGCAAAACCAACUCCCUCAGCUUUAAAUAUAAAUAAAAUGAACAUUCAUAGAGGUUUU